CAAAGUUUCCCAAAUAUCCGAGGAUUCAUUGAUUAUGACGUCGCAUGUUGGCGUGCUUCACGAUUCUGGAAAUGAGGAUACAGAGGGUCUUGGAGAUACAUGUCCAUUCUGUGAAUUCUUGCUAUAUGUGUAUAUUAUAAAGGGCACGAGAAGGAGCAAAUGAUUCAGACGUUACGGAUACUGGCCAACACUGGAAAAGAUCGUUCAUUUCCACCAAAGUUGCCAUCGUUGCCCCGCUACACCUGAUAAUGCAUCCUGCGCGAUGUGUAAACACAUGAGACUCAAGGCAUUUGAUACAGUGUACGCUCUUAUUAAACCCUAAGCUUGCAGACAUGUCGCGAGAGUCACAUGAAAAUGUCGUGAAAACCAUGAUUCUGAGACUAGGGAGCGUCCGAGAUAUGCAGGAACGUUCCUCUUACUGUGACACCUGUCGCUUGUUUGCAGGGGCAGCUGACCAGUUGAUGAAAAGUACAGGACUUUUACCUGAUCCACAUUGUUAUAUCCAAGUGCGUGGAGAACAUACUGCAGUCGAAGAGACAAUCGGGGAUGCCAAAUGCAGUUUCAGAAUGACGUUGUCUCUAACAAGCCCUAAGGCCGAAAAGUCAUCAUAUCUAUGGUCUGAUGGCAUUGAGUCGGUGAGUCGCAAGUUGUUUCACGGGACGAUAGAGCUUACCCACGGCCAAUACCUUGUCUCCACGUCUAUACCCCAGCAAACGGUCGACUGGCAGAAGAUCUCCGAGUGGUUGAGAGAUUGCCACUACUCUGCUGAGCACGAGGCAUCCUGCCAGACAAAGCCUACUAUCUCACAAAUACCAGGACUUCGUGUUAUUGAUACCAGACUACGAUGCAUUAAAGUUGCGCCUGCGACAUGUCGAUAUGCUGCCCUGAGCUAUGUGUGGGGGACCACAAGCAAUCACUUGCAAGCAACGACGACGAACAUUGACCAUCUGGUCAAAGAAGGCUCUCUACACAGCGAGAGUCUACCACAGACUAUCGAUGAUGCUAUUGUUGCUUGUAAGAAGAUGGGGAUAGAUUAUCUUUGGGAUGAUGAUCCUGGCAGGAAAUCUUACUGGCUUAAUUCCAUGGGAGACAUAUACGCGCAGUCAUAUGUAACAAUCUUCGCUCUGGCUGGAAGCAAUGCCGAGCAUGGCCUUCCUGGAGUAAACAAGGUCAAGCGACCGGUGCCUUGGGUCGGAACCGCACAGGGGAUUUGCCUGGUUGCCACGCCCCCAAAUUAUCAGAAUUGCUUACGGGAUUCAAUAUGGGCCACAAGAGGCUGGGCAUUUCAAGAGGCGACACUCUCGACACGACGGCUUUUGUUUUCCGACACAAGAGUUUUCUAUGAAUGUUGCUACCCCGGAACCAUCCAGGAUGAGAUGUACGGUAGCAUUUCUGAUAUCUCUGAAUAUGCAGGUGUUCCGCUAUUGUCUUACAGCACGGUGGUAGAGAACCUCACAAAAGGGAAUUUAGCGUGGGAGAGUGACGUGCUUCGUGCACUCGCAGGUGUUCUAUACACGGAAGUGGACAGAUUGUAUCCCACAAGGAAUGCAGAUCUGGGUGACGUAUUUCCAACCUGGUCCUGGUCUUCUAUUAAAGGUCCCAUCGCGAUCGGACCGUUACAUGAGAAAUAUUGGGAUGAGAUUACACUAAGGACGUCCCUAGCAAUUUGGGCAAUACCUCCUAGGUUGGGUCAACAAUCAGCCCUGCGAGUCAUCGCAAACAGUAUAGGGGAGUCCGCGGGGCUCGAGGAAACAGAUGAGCUGACGUGUAACCGCAGGUCAUAUUCAGAUGACUGUCAGGCUCUGGCCGUUGUAAUAGCUUGGAGAUCCGGAUGUUUCUCGGGAUCCCUUCCGAAGAUGCUCAAUACUGAAGUUAGAUGGAGUGAGAACUUGAAUAUUCUUCGCAAAUGGAAAUCCAUGGAGCAGCUCUGCAAUGAAGCUCAUGGAAUGCCACAAGCUAUCAUGUCUGAACAAGAAAUGAAUGCACGGUUCUCUCCAGAUCUGUGUCAUGGAUGUUUGCCUGGAUCCACAUUUGCCUACACAAAGUCAUUAGAUCUCAAACAACUCAUACUGAGUACGAGGGGUGGGCAGCCUGGAAACGAGCCUUCUGUCAUUGAAGUUGACGACUUUAUGCCCAAGAUCAUCUCUGGCGCAAUCGAUAUGGAGCGCAUUAACCAUAUCCGCCAACAUAGCCCCGAUUCUCUAUUCACUUUGCUCGCACUAUCUAUCACUCGAAAUACACACACGCCGAGCAGGGGUGAACUAAGAAAAGAGGGAGUCUGUUGGUAUGAUUCCGGGGGGAACCUCAUGCUCGUUGAGACAAAAAAUGGCGUUAGUCGGCGUGUUGGACUGGCGUGGGCUCAUUUGCAGAGCUGGGUUAACCACAAACGUCAGUUUCGUACAUUCCACAUUGUAUAG